GGGCCGGACCCCAUGGGAGAUGGGGGAGUCCCUAGGGCCCGCGUGGCCCGGGCCCCGCGCCCUACCCCGACAGCCCCACGGCUGCCUGGGGAGGGGGUGGGAGCGGCGGGCCAGGGCGGCCCGAUGAAAGCCAAGCUGGUCCUCCUGGGCCUGCUCUACCUGGUGCAGGGGAUGCCCUACGGGCUCCAGUCGGGCCUGCUGCCCAUUUACCUGCGCUCCCGGGGCCUCUCGCUGACCCGCGUCAGCCUGACCAAAGUGCUCUACCUGCCCUGGCUGCUGAAGGUGGCCUGGGCCCCGCUGGUGGACCAGCGGGGCUCCAAGCGGGCCUGGUUGGCCCUGAGCACGGUGGCCCUGGCGGGCACCUGCGCCACCUGCGCCGCCCUGCCCCCCGAGACCCACUUCGGGGCCCUGGCCGGCGCGCUGCUGCUCCUGAACCUGUGCGCCUCGGUGCAGGACGUGGCCCUGGACGGGCUGGCCGUGCGGCUGCUGGCCCCCCACGAGGUGGGCCUGGGCAACACGGUGCAGGUGGUGGGCUACAAGCUGGGCUCCUUGCUGGCCGGCGGCGGGCUGCUCGCCGUCACGGGCCGCCUGGGCUGGGGGCCGCUCUUCACGCUCCUGGCUUCCGCUUACCUGGCGGCCGCUGGCAUCGCCUGGCGCGCCCCGGCCCUGCGCCCGGGCCCCGGCGACCCCGCCGCGGUCCCCGCUUGCCCACGGCCCGCGCCCCUGAGCCCCUCUCACCUCCUCCGUACUCUGCUGGCGGUGACCGGGACUCUGUGGACGGCCGGCUUUGUGCUGCUCUAUAAGCUGGGUGAGCAGGGAGCCAGCGGCAUAUUUCCUCUCUUCCUCCUGGACCAAGGGAUGUCCGCCCAGGAGCUGGGCCUGUGGAACGGGAUAGUGGCCAUGGGCUUCUCCAUCACGGGGUCCUCCCUGGCCGGAGUGUUCCUGGCCAAACACAGACAGCCGCUCCCGGUCCUCAGGCCCCUGCUGCUGCUGCGUCUGGGUGGCCUGGCUUUCCAGUCAGCCCUGCUCUUCACCUUUGACGGCUCCAGGGAUUUCUUCCGAGGGGCCGCGGUGCUCAGCAUCUGCCUGCAGCACUUCCUGAGUGGGCUGGUCACCACCCUGACCUUCAGCGUCAUGAUGCGCUGCUCCCAGCGCGCAGACGAAGCCGUCCAGGCCACACACUACAGCUUCCUGGCCACGCUGGAGCUGUUGGGGAAACUGAUGCUGAGCACCGUGGCUGGGGGGCUGGUGGACAGAGCGGGGCUGCGGCCCUGCUUCGGGCUCUUCCUCGCCCUGUCCCUGGCAGCCGUGCUGUACCUGGACUACGCGCCCGCCUCUCUCGGCUGACGGAGAGGCCGCCGGGGCGAGGGGCCCCUCACUUUCCCAGCGGCCGGUCCCCCGAGGAGGCGGCCUGGGGUCCGGGAUCCCUUCGGGGUCGUGGGAUAGGGCUGGCCGAGCCAGGCCACGCUGAGGGGCGGGGGUGGGAAGCUGGUGGGAACUCCCCGAGGCCCGGCCGCCACGGGGAAGGAAAUAAAGUUCAGUUUGGUUACA